CCUCCCAGGAACCAAGAGUCCUCCAGGGUCAUGUGGCUGCCAGAGUAUCCUGUUCUUAGCCUGCUCCUGCUCCUGCUGCUGCCAGCCCCAGUCCCAGCUCGAGCUCUGGGGCCCUCUGCCCAGGAUGUCAGUCUGAGCGUGGACUGGCUCACUCGCUAUGGCUAUCUGCCCCCGCCCCACCCCGCUCAGGCCCAGCUGCAGAGCCCAGAACAACUCCGGGACGCAAUCAAAAUCAUGCAGAGGUUUGCCGGGUUGAAGGAGACGGGCCUCAUGGAUGAGGAUACCUUGGCUACCAUGAAGAAACCAAGAUGUUCCCUACCUGAUGUUCUGGGAGUAGCUGGGUUAGUAAGAAGGAGGCGGUAUGCCCUUACAGGCAGCUUCUGGAAGAAGAAGCAGCUGUUCUGGAGGGUUCAAUCUUUCCCACAAGGCUCUGCCCUCAGUCAAGACACUGUUCGGAGUUUGAUGUACUAUGCUCUGGCUGCCUGGGGGACUGAGGUGGGGAUGACAUUUAAAGAGGCUGAACCCGGGGUAGGAAUGGAGCCUGAGCUUCUCAUCGACUUUGCUCGGGCCUAUCACAAGGACAGCUACCCCUUUGAUGGGCCUGGGGGCACGCUGGCCCAUGCCUUCUUCCCUGGAGACCACCCCAUCUCUGGGGAUACCCACUUUGAUGAUGAUGAAGUCUGGACCUUUGGAGCAAGCGAUGGCAGUGGGACAGACUUGUUUGCUGUGGCUGUGCAUGAGUUUGGCCAUGCCUUGGGUCUGGCCCACUCCUCAGCCCCUGACUCUAUCAUGCGGCCUUUCUACCAGGGUCCAGCUGGGGACCCUUUGAAAUACCGGCUCCCACAUGAUGACCGAGAAGGGAUCCAGCAGCUUUAUGGAAAGGGUCCAAAUCAUCCAUACCCAAAACCAACUCGGAAACCUCUAGUUCCCCCUCCCCAGUCCCCAGGGCAGCCCCCAGAGAGCCCCUCGGUCCCAGUUCCUGACCGGUGUUCUGGUAACUUUGAUGCUAUUGCCAACAUUCGUGGUGAGGUGUUCUUCUUUAAAGGACCUUGGUUCUGGCGCCUUCAGCCCUCAGGCCAGCUGGUGUCCUCUCGCCCAGCGAAGCUGCACCGAUUCUGGGAAGGACUGCCUGAGAAUGUGGUGACUGUGAAUGCAGCCUAUUCUCGGCCCUCAGAUGGACGAAUCUUGCUUUUCAGUGGAGACCAGUUCUGGGUGUUUCAGGACCGGGAGCUGGAGGCUGGUUCCCCAAAGUUGGUGACUGAAAUGGGGCUUCCCCCUAAGGAAACUGUGGAUGCUGUCUUCUCUUGGCCCCAGAAUGGGAAGACAUACCUGAUCCGAGGCGAACAAUACUGGCGUUAUGAUGAGGCUGUCCAUAGCCCUGACCCUGGCUACCCUAAGAGUCUGAGCCUGUGGGAGGGAGCACCCUCGGCACCUGAUGAUGUGACUAUUGGCAACAGAGGUGACACUUACUUCUUCAAGGGUACCAAGUACUGGCGAUUUGCUCCAGGUAGUGUGGUGGCAGAGCCUGGUUCUCCCUCCCACAUGGGACCAGAUUGGCUGGAUUGCCCUGCUUCUGCCCCAGAUCCUCCAGCACCAAGACCUAAGUCUCCACGAGUCCCAGAGCCUGGCAAUUGUCAGUGUGAGAUCAAUCAGGCAGGGAGCUCAAGCCGGAGACUUCCUGGCUUCCUCUUCUUCUCUUCCCUUCUCUCCCUCCUCCUGGGCACAGUCAUUUGGUCCUAA